AUGGAUGCAGCAUCAGGAUCUCCACCUCUACCGUCAUCGUCCAAUUCUCCUCCGCAGCCUUCGCAAGAGCUCUCGAGCAGAUCAGAUUCGAUACCAUCGAGACGAACAGACCUACCAAACUUGACACAAACCCGUGGUGUGAGCGCAGCCCAGCGUUUGACACGUCCUGACGUCGGCCUGAACGAAUUUCGUUCCCUACUCGAAGCUGCUCAACGCAUUGCGAGCAGCGCGUCGUUGGGACUCGACAGUGGUCAAUGGGUCGACGAGAGCCUGCCUGAACCUAGGAUACGAAGGUCAGAUGGACUUGCGAGACGAGUACCCUUAACAAGACAGUACAGUGGACGACCUCACGUUCCUGGCGAAGAUAGUGGCAGCGAGGACGAGGACGAAGCCGAAGGACUGGCACAGACAACUAUCAUGGAAGAGACGUCACAAGAGGUUCAGCAUAGUGCCGAAGAGUCUGUGCAAAACUCUGUCCUGAGCCAUGAAAUGGAUGCGCUCAACGACUUUGUGAGAGAGAACGUCAGGCGGAGGAACGACAAUCAACCCCAAGAAGAAGUCGAUCGUUUAUAUGCUGGACUAUCAUGGGACCCUGCUCCUCCUCCUCCUCCUCCUCCUCCUCCACCACCAAGAACUGUGGCCCAAGUACGUCCAGACCAAGCACGAGAGACCUUACGGCGCGCUGUAGCCAUAACCCGUGAUUUACAACAGCAUCAGCACGCCAGACGCCUACAAAGCGAACAACCUGCUCAAUCAGGGACCCAUCCACAAAGUAUGAACAACAACGGACGCAGUGACCACUAUACAACAACCGGACCCUUGCCUGUGAGAGAUUCUUUUUACAACUGGGCACCUCAAUCUCAAGACGAAGACCCAGCAGAGUCGACCAACGAAACAACAGCCGUUUCGCAUUCAGCAAGAAGAUGGAGACCAUCCGAAAGAUUGCAGGAUUAUGCAAGUAGUCACGCUCGUCGUGAAAGCGCUACUGAUUCGGGUGUUGAGAAUCUAGGUCCUACGAACCCGCCACUAGGCUGGACUUCAGUCACCCGACCUGCGCCAAGAGAAUUUGGUGACCACAAUGACAUUGUAGAUAGGGUAGAAAGAGCUCUUCAAGAGUAUAGGAUGGCAAGAAGGGCCUUGAGGCCGGAGCCGCACGACAAUGUGCCACGACCAGACACGGUUCGACUAGGCACUACUGAGAUGGCGACAUCGAGAGUGCCCAACUAUAGACCUUCACACUUCCGAAGUGCUAUUGAUGGUUUACCUCAAACAGAUAUAGCUCUCGCGGACGCGCACUGGUCUGCAAGAUUUGGCGAAGCGAAUACACAAAGUGACGAACCGAUGGUUCGAUCUGCUGCAAAUGAUCGAUGGCGACGGGACGAUUCCAUCCGACAUCGUAUACGGGAGCAAGCCCGAGAGCGGAGGCGGCGUGUUGUCAAUUCUAUGCUGGAGCAGGAAUCGUCUGACCUUAUAGCCACGGGUCCACUCUUCGAGGGAUCUGGCUCUUCGACCGUAAAUGGUGGUGCAGAUUCAUGGUUGACUUUGGAAACAACCAACGAUCGAAAUAGGAGGCUGCUGGGCAAGACACGAGAGGUCGAGGCAGAAAUUAGCAGUAAAGACCUAAAACAGGCUAAAUGCGCUCUACAACAUCUCGCUCGACUCAGAGAGCCUGACAUGAAGCCUGAAAAAGCUUGGAAACAAGCUGCUGAACUCGGCUUACACAACCAAAGCCUUUAUGAAGAGUCAAACAACAAGCUUGCAAUGUCACUGGACGAUCUGCCUAGGCCACUGCAUUGCUCCUGGCUCGAGCCUGGCAUGAUCUGGUCCGGCACUCAGUCGGCUGACGAUACGAAGGAUCACCUCGUCGCGUCCCGAACAAAUGCAGAGGUGGAUGCGCUACGCAGAUAUCGAGAACAAAGAGAAAGAGUUGAGACAGUAGCUCACCAGAACGAUGGACUACGCAUGCGACUGCGUGAGGGCCGGGACCCGCUCGAAAGAGCGCUGUCUGUGGCACGCAACAGUAUGGCAGUAUUGGAAGAUGCGGAACGGGAUCUUAACUCUAUGCUCGAAAGGAGCGAGCAGCUACUCGCAGAAAGUAAUGAAAGUCGUUAUGAGAGUCGCGAAAUAUUGAGACAGCAGUUAAGAGAAACAGACGAAAGGUUGAGGAGAAUCGAGUCCGAUAGCACUCCCGAUCCUGUUAAUUCUCAAAUUGAUACAAUCAGAAAGAUCAAAGACCACUGGGACGUCAAAGUCACACUACACUCUACUGAUUGGGACAAGAUGACUGUGACCGGCACAAUGACGGCAGGCCAUCGACGAAACUCGGCAACUCAAGCCAGCGAUGGCGAGAUCUCAGCGAUGGACUCUUUCUUCACAGGUGAAAUCAUUGACUUCGCAACUCAUGGACUCGACACUCUGUCUUCAACUGAAAGGAAGUCUACGUCCAACGACGGAGACCUUUAUCGGAACAAGCAUAUACAGGAUGACUGGAAGAUUGGAGGUCCGGAAACCGAUUUAGCCUACUGGUCAGGUAUUGGACCUUUCAAAAAGGAGGUUGGCCGUGUGCUGAGUGAGCGAGAAGCCAGUAUAGCGGACUGUACCCACCAACACGAAAUGGACAGGUUACUGCCAGAUGUACCUAGCAGCAUAGACAAUGAGCAGGAAACAGCUCAGCCGACGAAUCCGGACAGCGAGCAGAAAGAAUCACUGCCCGCAAUCACUAAAGCAAGUACCAGCGCUCAUCUGGCACGCCUUCUUGAGGACGAGAAACAUGAUCUGAAAAUGAGGACAAUGCAUGGUCUCCUCUCGGACAAAGACUGGUUGAACAAGCAUAUCAACUCUCAAGGUUGGAUACUGAUGCGCUGGAAGGAGCUAUGUUUUGUAUCGCCAGGUGCUGGACCAAACCCAGAACCCUCCAGACCAUGGAUACCAAAUCAACCUGCCAGUGCAGCCACGGACACCAGUCGCGGCCUAUUCAGGAGUCAAGACCCUCCCUCAGAUCCGUCAAAUCCCAGGUCUGCGGGCCUGUAUCGUCGCAGGCAAAACGAGCGAAACAGCCAACGGAUAUACACAACCAACGCCGCAGAACGGGACGAAAUCACGAGUUCAACAGGCGUUACUUCAGGUGGAAUUGGUUCACGUCAAGCAACAUGGGGUCUCACCAUAUCUGGCUUCUACUAUGUUGCGCUGAACCGACAGACUGGUCAGAUCGAGGCUCUAUACUACGACUGUGGCAGUGCACCAUUCCAAAGGCUGAAAAUGGGUCCCUUGCUUACGAUGUCUAUGGCUCUGGAGGAUGAGGGGCUGACGAGUAGGAAGACGGAUGAUGAGAUGUUAUUAGAUGACAAAGUCGGACUGCGCGAGAUACAGCCUGCUAUGUCUGGAUUGCGGACUAAUUUCAAUGUGGUAGAGUUCAGAUAG